UGCAAGGGAAGGGCCAAAAUGGCGGACUCUGAGCAGUCACUUUGGCAUCUUACGGAACAUGAAAUUCCAGAAGGCAGGAGGCAGCUACAGGAAAGUCAUGUGAACUUAGAAAGAGUUGCAGAUUAUUGUGAGGGGAAUUAUAUUCAGGCUGAAGACAAGCGUCAUGCCUUGGAGGAGACAAAAAACUAUACCACCCAAUCACUGGCCAGUGUGGCAUACCAAAUCAACAAUCUUGCUGCAAACUUUCUCAGCCUACUGGAGAUGCAGACCCAGCAGUUGGCUAACAUGGAAUCUGGCAUCAAUCAUCUUUCAGAGGUAAGACAGAAAAUUAGAAUGGAAUAGCAAAAAAUGGUUUGAAUGAAAAUCUGAACCAUUUGAAU